UUCAUUCAACAAGCUAGUAACACUAAUUGCUCUUCUUCCUCGGUUCCUCCACUGAAAAUAGAGAAAAGAGAGAUUGCUCUUCUUCUCCUACCUUUUCCCCUCUUCUCUCUACCUCGCCAAACUCCUACCCGAUCAGCAGCAACUUCAACCGAUAUUUGCUUGCUGAGAAGAUGCCGGAGCAGUCGGAGAACGCGGCGGAGAGCAUGGUGAGCGGCAUCAUGGACGCCAUCGCCGACAAGCUCCCCAAGCAGAAGUCGGUCCGGUUCGACGACGAGCCGGGCUCCUCCAUCUCCGGCCAGGCCAAGAGGCUCUUCGGCGGCCACAAGUCCGUCCACCACAUCCUCGGCGGUGGAAAAUCCGCCGACGUGCUGAUGUGGAGGAACAAGAAGAUGUCCUCGAGCGUUCUUGCCGGUGCAACGGUGGCAUGGGUGUUCUUCGAGUGGUUCGGCUACCAUUUCCUGACCAUUGUAUCCUUUGUGCUUGUUCUUGGCAUGGUUGCCCAGUUUGGCUGGUCCAGCUUCUCAGGCAUGCUCAAUGGGUCAUCUUCUAACGUGCCACGUGUCGAGUUGCCAGAGGAGCUGUUCGCGAACGCAGGCGCCGCCAUCGGCGCCCAGGUGAACAGGUUCCUGGGGAGCUUACAGGAUGUGUCCUGUGGAAGAGACCUGAAGCAGUUCCUAAAGGUGAUCGUCGGGUUACUUGCCGCCGCUUUCGUCGGUGGCUGGUGCAAUCUCAUAACAGUCAUCUACAUUGGGUUUGUGUGUGCACACACUCUUCCAGUGUUCUAUGAGAAGUACCAUGAUCAAGUUGAUGAGGUCGUGAACAACAUGCUUGGGCUGAUUGGGAGCCAGUACCAGAAGCUUGACAAAGGGGUCCUGAGCAAGAUGCCAAAAGGGAACCUCAAGUUCAAGAAAAGCCAGUAGCUCCAAGAUGUGCCUAAAGGGGACUCUGGAUUGUAGUACUAUAUUGUACAGCUCAUAGCAGUACUGUGUGUAUUUUCUAUGUUUCUCUAUAGACAAUGGAAGUAUCCUCCAUUUAUAUUUAUAUUAAUAGCAGCAAUUUAGCCAUAUUUGAGCCCAA